AUGUCAUGUCCUCAAAAAGAAAGUUUCUUUUCCAGAGAAGUACAGCGACUCUUCAUUAUCAACAAGCUGUAUAAAUCCUGUCCUGGCGAUAUCGGAUGGCUCAUGGUUCUAGAUUCUCAAAGGGAGGCACCAUGUCAGUUUGAGUCACAGAACGCAAAAGAUAAAGUGAUUAUCAUUUAUUCAACUCUAAACGGACCAACAACAUGGCAGUCACUUUAUGAAUCUAAUGAUGGCAGAGCCGACUUCCUAGAAAUCUACGUUGAUGUGUUGCAAACUCACCUACUCUAUGUAACAACAGACCACUUCAGAGGGCUAAAUUUACUACAACAACCACGGAAACAAAAACUGAAGCUCCAAAUCAAAGUACAACACCAGAUAAAACAACAGCUUUUCAGGAUACCACAACAACUCCAGAUACAACGACUACAACUCCAGAAACAACGACUACAACUCCAGAAACAACGACUACAACUCCAGAAACAACGACUACAACUCCAGAAACAACGACUACAACUCCAGAAACAACGACUACAACUCCAGAAACAACGACUACAACUCCAGAAACAACGACUACAACUCCAGAUACAACGACUACAACUCCAGAAACAACGACUACAACUCCAGAUAAAACAACAGUAUUUCAGGAUACCACAACAACUCCAGAUACAACUACAACAUCUGCUGGAGCAUGGGAAACGACAUCGAGUAAUCUUGCUCGCGAUCCUGACUGUGUGGACUGCGCAUGUCCGAGAAAAAUGGCAAACAUAACAUUUGAGGAACUUGUGCAAACCGUUAAUCAGCUGAAGGAAGAGUUAAAAGUAGAUAAAACCAAAACAAGUUCCAGUAUUAGACGCAAAAUAAGCGCUAGUGACCCCAGACCGUCGGCGAAAGCAGUAGGACUUGUUGGAGCUGCCAUGUUGGCUAUCCCCUUUGUUUUUAUCAUUCUGUGUGACUUGAUCAGUCUUUGUCGAUAUUUUCAUGAUAAGACAAGUAAUACAACACCUAAAUAGAGAUACUAACAGUUAUACAAUGUGUGUGACUGACAGUGUCCUGUCAGGGAUCUACAUCACCACAAUGUCUCUAUGGAGUUGUUGACAACCUUGCAUUAAGGAAUUUCCAAGGACAAGUGAAUUUCAUGUCGUUUUGUUGUGAACAACGUCAUGCUUCAAUGAUCAUUGUGUCACAUUGUCUGAUCGUGACGUAAUAUAUGUGCAUACUUAUAUUUGAAUACUAUAUACAUAGUACAAAAAUGGCAGAUAAAACUGUUAAUAUACUUCCAGCUGGUCGAUGAGAUGAGAGCGCGUCCCAUGGCAUAUCAAUACCUGUUGUGAUUUUUUUAAAUAUUAACUUUUAGUUGAUUUUACAAGUAAAUAUAGUGUAUUGGUCCUUCAUGUGAUCAUUGCCCAUAAGAUGUGAUUUCCGCAUUUGAAUAAGAAUAAUGCCAAUACAACGGAAAACAAAUAGGACCCUUACCUUGCGAGGAAUUGAUCCCAGUCCAAGGAAAAACCAGUUGGAUUAGACUGCAGAUUCAAUCGGCUAGAGUUAUCGACGUUCGCCUUUAAUUAAACCACAUCGUUACCUGAUAAGGGUGUCCACAGAAACAUGAGUCAAGUAUUGAGCAACUUGUAACAACAAUUUCGAAAAGGCAAGGUAGACAUCUCCCUGUUGACGCGGCCACGAAUGGGCAGUCAAUCAUAAUGGACAAAAGACCUUGAUUUGACACUUGAUGUGCCGUUUACUAUACAGACUUCAAGUACCUUACCGAGAUAUUUAUUUAUUUUGAAAACAGAAAGAAUCCAUUUAAGUUUGACAUUUUUUCCUUAUCCUAUCAUUUUUAUUUCAUAUCUAUGUCGGUAUGCAUUGGUGGAAAAAGCAUUAUUUCAUUGAUGCUGUUAUUUAUAAUUUAAUUAACAUUCCUAUUUCCAGAUUAACCAUUUUUAUUCUGUACUGGAUAUUCAAAAGUGGUUGUAUGUAUCCAGGAAUAUGUUUAAAUUAUGAAUUGUUACGAUAUGCUACAAUUGAUUACGUGGAUGUACCUGGAACAAUAUCUACCCAAUAACUACCUUGGUUUCACUCAUACGGCACAUGAUUAAAUUCGAAACAGUGUGUUAUUGUUUAUCUUUACGUAGCCACUUUCGCAGCCUCCGAUUGGUCAUUUAUGACCCCCUACACCAACAAUUCUGAUUAGUUAACCUUGGGCCUUUGACCACAGACUACUUUAAGGCCUUCUGCUCGCACUUCAUGUAUUCGUUGUCGUCUGGCAUUCGAAAUAUCGGCCUGGACACGUUUUGUGGAUUUACCGUAGGACUAAUGCUCAUUUAAGUCAUUUUACAAGUGCUUCAAUAAUAGAAAUACAAAAUUGA